AUGACUUUGUAUGGUCGCGUUUUGAAUGUGAAUAUUGAAUUUCCGGAUACGUACACUACUUCUGUAUUAGCAUUCGCACUUUUUUGUUCAAUUGAUUAUUUUUUCCGAACGUAUCGUACUGAAAAUAAAGAUGUGCAAAGAUACUUCAUUCACGAUAUAUACCACAAUAUUUGUGGUGGUGUUGAUUUGAGAUCUGUGGAGAUCAUAUUCCACCACAUGACAGUGUUGACCUGCUUUUACGUCGUAUCUUGUUACCGCAUUCUUGUUUGUUACGCACUACUUGGCCUUUUGAUGGAGCUGAAUAGUAUAUUUCUACAUGCUAGACAAGUGAUGAAAUUUUUAAAUAUCGCUCCUGAAUCACUAACUUACCGCAUGAAUGCUGUCGCGAACAUUAUUACAUUCAUCAUCUUUCGCAUAUGUCUUACACUAUCCCUUCUCGGAUGGGCAGUUUUAAACAGAAACAAAUUACCCGUCGUUGUCAGUUGGAUCCUGCUCUCAAGUUUCACGAUAUUUACAACAAUGAAUUUGGUCCUAUUCUUUCGUGUUUUAACCGUGGAAUGGCGUAUAUUACAGUCAACUCAGUGUAAACUUGCUGUAAAUAAUAAAACGAAGUGA